CGAGCUACGCCCCCCUUUUAACUGCACAGUGCAGCUUACUUCAAACAUUACUCCUGAAGACUAGAGUGCAUCUUGAGUACAGCAGGCAGUUGUAUAUUUCUGAUCAUUUGCUAUAGUAGCUCUCUGCAAGCAAAGACAUGGGUCUGAGCGUGGUCCUGUGUCUCGCUCUGUUCCUUGUCUGUGGAGCAUUUGCUCAAUCCAACAGACUUCCAGUGCCGUCGUCGGCCAUCUACGUCUUCAAUGAAGAAGAAGAACAACCUGCGGGUACUGCUUUGACUCGUGGCUUGCCCACCCCCCGUAUCAUGGCCUUUGACCCCGACGGUGACCCCGUCAUGUUCAGCAUCCCAAUUAACUCCAUCAACUCUCAGCUAUUCGACAUCAACGCAACCACUGGAGAGUUGUACUUCCAAACGGUUCUGGACAGAGAAACUCUGUCUACUAAUCUAGAGUUGAUAGUGGAGAUUGAUGAUGGCCAGUUUCACGGAGCUGGAGUGUCCAAUCCUCGUAUUGUAAUCCAAAUCGUGCUUAACGAUAUCAAUGAUGAGGAACCCGACUUCGGUAAUAACCUCCCCAGAGGCAUCUCAGUACCAGAGGAUAUGGACAUCAACAGUAUCCUGUACACAGCUACUGCCACUGAUGCAGAUGUAGCCGGUAACGGCCUCGUGUCGUACUUCCUACAAGGUGUGCAGUUAACGAAUGGAGCUGGGGAAACUUGCUACAAUGUCAACAUAACUUCACAAUCUAUAUGCAACAUGUUCACUGUGGGCAUAUCUACUGGAACCAUCCUUCUCAAAAGAAAGUUUAACUAUGACCUUCCAAGUGGACAACAGCUUUACAUAGUGUCCGUCAGAGCCGAGGACAGUGGUGAUGACCCACUAAGCUCAGUGGAGGAACUUCGCAUAUCAGUGACUGAUGUUAAUGAUCUGGACCCACUCUUCACACGAAGCGUCUACGCUAUUGACGUUCACGAAAACCUAACUUUUGGUGACAGUGUGAUUCAAGUGACGGCUGCGGAUCAAGAUGUUGGUGUCAAUGACAACGUGUUGUACUCUAUAACGUCUGGGAAUAGUGAAUUGAAUGGAAAUGAGAGCUUUGCUAUUAACACCACUACUGGAGUCAUCUCUGUCAACACAGCCUUGUUGGACCGUGAAACUCAUCAACAGUACACUCUGUUUGUGAGGGCGACCGAGUUGAACGACCCUGAUCGAACAGAUGAUGCUAGAGUUAUCAUCACGAUACUUGACCUCAAUGACCACGCCCCCGUAUUUGAGGAGAGCACCUACUCCGCUAAUAUCUCCGAGAGCCUGGAUGUGGGCGAUCUGGUUGUCACGGUUACAGCCUUGGACAGGGAUACGGGAGUCCAUGCUGAGUUUGAGUUCUCCCUCGUCAAUGCUGUCAACUCUUCUCUUCCUCUGCCCUUUGAUAUCGAACAUGACGUAGACUCAGGGGAGGGGAGUAUCGUGGUGGCCACACUCCUCGACUUUGAGGAACUUGAAUCCUACAGCUUCUUGGUGUAUGCGACCGAAGUUAUCGACAAUCGCACCAUGAGCGGUGUCACCAUGGUAACAGUGUACGUGAUCAACGAGAACGACAACACGCCCACUUUUGACAACAUCACUUACGAAGCCAGUGUCCCAGAGAAUGCUAAUCCUGGAGCAUUCGUGGAAAUUGUGAGAGCUGUAGAUGAGGAUAAAGGUGAUUUUGGUGUUCUGAGUUAUAGUAUCAUUCCUGGUACGGGGGCGGGAGACUUCAACAUCACCAUGGAUACGGGACGUGUGGAGACGGACAUGAAACUGGACUACGAGAAUAUGUCAUCAUACACUCUACUGAUACAGGCCACUGAUCUUGACAACAACGCUGCUACUAGGAUGACGGGCACGGCCACUCUAUCAGUGACUGUCAUCAACCUCAACGACAAUCCUCCACAGUUUAUGAGCCCUGUCACCCGCCCACAAGUCCCUGUACCAGAGGAACAAGCUCCCAGGGAUAUAUACACCUUUGUGGUGUCGGACCCUGAUGGAUCAUUGAACCCAUUGACCAUUGAGAUUGACGCGGGAAAUGAUGAGGGUGCAUUUGCCAUAGAUGGGAUGAACUUGGUUACAACUCGUAUGCUUGAUUUUGACAACACCACUGUCAACCAGACCUAUACUCUGACCGUAACCGUCAACGACACAGUACACGAAGACACCAUCAUCGUGGAUGUUGUAGUCAUGGAUCUGAACGACAAUAAUCCUAUUUUUGAGAACGCCACUUAUCAGUUUGCUGUAUCAGAGGGAGAGGCUGCCGGUGCUAUGGUGGGUCAGGUGACUGCCAUCGAUAUUGACUCUGGAAGCUUUGGGCAAGUAGCCUACGGACUAGCCGGCCCUGGGGCUAACAGUUUUUUUAUCAACUCUUCAACGGGCGCCAUAGUAACAAUGGUGGAGCUAGACAGAGAGACACGUCCUUUGCCUUUCGACCUUUUAGUCACGGCAACAGAUAUGGAUGGGAACCAAGUUGACAGAAACAGAGGCGACGCUAGAGUCAUCAUCAACACACUGGAUCGUAACGACAACAGCCCAAUUUUUGAGGACGCUAGUUACAACUUCAGAGUGGCAGAGAAUACUGACGUACUCGACCGUAAUGUCUUUGUUGUCUUGGCAACUGAUAUUGACGAUGGUACCAACAGCGAGAUAACGUACAGUAUCACCGGGGGCAACCAAGACAAUGUCUUUGUCAUUGAUCCACUCACCGGAGUGCUGGGCCGAAACACUCUACUUUAUUUAGACAGAGAGCGUGAGAAUGAGUACACACUCACAGUCACAGCCACCGACGGUGGUAGUCCGUCCAAUCAGACGAACGUAUCCGUUACCGUGACAUUGGAAGACGAGAACGAUAUUGUACCGACCUUUGACCUCCCCCAAUUCUCUACCACUAUUCGUGAAGACACUGAGGCGGCUAGUAGCGUCAUACAGCUUGUGGCAGUAGAUGGAGACUCAGAUGAAAACGGAAAAUUGACGUACUCUAUAACGAGUGUUACGGGUCCAUCGUCGGGUGAAAACGCACCCUCGGGGUCAUUUGUGAUUGACGAGAGCUCCGGACUUGUUAGGACAUCAGGAGAGUUUGAUAGGGAGGACUUUGAAGGUCCAUACACAGUCAUGGUGUUGGUGCGUGAUGGGGGAUUCCCCAUUAGCCACAACUCGUCCACUAAUCUCCUCGUGUUCAUCUCCGACGCUAACGACAACCGACCACUCUUCCAGCAAACUCAAUACACAAACAUUAUCUCCGAGAACAGACCUGCAGGUGAGUUAGUUGCCAUGGUAACAGCUACGGACCUCGACAUGCCGGGCUCCAACAACUCUGCCAUAACCUACGCCAUCACUCAAGUGUUAGUGGGCGGGGCUUCAAGUAGUGUGGCUAGCUUUGCCAUCAACAGUACCAGUGGAGAGGUUACCACGGCGAUCAUGUUGGACUACGAAACUGUACAAUCCUACACCAUCACAGUGCAGGCUUCUGAUGCUGGAGUGCCCAAGAGGUCAAGCAAUGCGCUGAUUCUGCUGACGGUGCAAGACGAUAAUGACCAACCUCCUGUAUUCUUCGAGACUACCUACAACUUCCAAGUACCCGAGGACACGCCCAUCAAUACUCGCUUCGAGAUGAUCACCGCUAGCGACAGGGACACGCCCCCUUAUGCUCGCAUUGUGUACAGCUCCACCCUUGUCAGCCCUCUUCGUAUUGACCCGUCCACCGGUGAUCUCAUUUUGACCUCUACAUUGGACUUUGAGCGUACAACUUCCUACAACUUCAAUGUUACGGCAACCAACGAUGCAGGGGGUGUGGUCUUUACUGACACUAGCUCCGUACGCAUCGAUGUGAUGGAUGUGAACGACAAUGCGCCCGUGUAUGACCGGGUGGAUUACUCGGUUGUGAUCGAUGAGGGGGACUACACUACCAACCCACGAGUCCUACCCGUGGAUCUCAUUGCUACGGAUGCUGAUUCUACUGGAACUCUCGGAGAAGUGACCUAUGCACUUUUGCUGCCAGCACAGGACAGUGCACUAUGGGAAGUGCGUACUACGGCUAGUAGGCGUGGUGAACUGGUUGCUAUUGGUAUCCUGGAUCGUGAGAGUGUCAGUAACUACAUGGUGGCUGUUUCCGCUCGAGAUGGGGGAAAUCCGGCUGCCAUGGCAACCACUAUCGUCAGGGUAACCGUGUUGGAUGUUAACGACAAUAGUCCUCAACUCAACAGAGACAGCUACAACGCUAGUGUCAUAGAAGAAGCGAGUGUUAUAAAUCAAGUUAUAGCACGGGUGACAGCUUUUGACCGUGAUGAGAGUUUUAAUGGUGAGGUAAUCCUAUCUUUGGACAAUACCUCAGACUUUGACAUUGACCCUGACACGGGGGAGAUCUUCACACUGAGAGUGUUCGACUAUGAAACUGACUCCUCCUUCAGUCUCAACGUGAUUGCCACUGAUAAUGCUACCACUAAUACAGAGCGCAUGUCAAUGGCACCUCUAUACGUUACCAUCAUCGAUAUCAACGACAACUCUCCCAUGUUUGUGAGCCCACCCAAUGCUGGGACUGUGGUUGAGAGCGAUGCGGUAGGCAGGCUCGUAGGUAACUUUCGAGCUAUUGAUGCUGACUCAGGGAGCAAUGGACAGGUGGUAUACACACUGACAGGUGACCAGGGUGACUUUGCUAUUGACAACAACGGAAUCGUAACCAUAGCAAGAUCACUGGACCGUGAGAUGACAGCAGAGUACAAUAUAAUCGUGCAAGCAUUUGAUAGGGGACAGCCCCAGAGGUCAGCCCAGACUCCACUGACGAUUACUGUGGGGGAUGCAAAUGAUGUUGGACCAAUCUUUGAGCAGGCCUUCUAUAGUUUCACAAGUAACGAGAGCUUCACUAGUGUCACUGUUGGGACCGUUGUUGCCAGAGAUGCAGACCUUGUCGACAACAGGAAUACGCAGUUUAACCUCGAAGGAGAUGACGAGUCGUUCUUUCGUAUUGUGACAACUAGUGUUGGUACGGAUGGAACCUCUCACGGUGACAUCAUCUCCCGUCAGCCUCUGGACUUUGAAACCCAAUCAACGUACACUCUGAGGGUACGAGCUCAAGACACAUUUGACCCUAGUCUCGAGAGCUUUACUGACGUCAUUAUCACCCUACGAGAUAUCAACGAUAGUCCACCGCAAUUUUCUAUGACCAGUUUUGUCUUCAGUGUCAGCGAGGGCACUCCCAUUGGUACGCCUGUGGGUACAGUGGUUGCCACGGAUACCGAUGGAGGAGAUAGCGGACGAGUUUCGUAUCGCCUUGGUGACAAUGUACUACCCUCCAUUCUCACACGCUUCACUGUUGGUUCGAGUGAUGGACUAAUCUCAUUAAUUAGUGUUCUCGACUUCUUGGACGCCGCUCGGUAUGACUUGGAUAUCGUAGCAACGGAUAUGGGAAAUCCCGCUCUCUCUACUUCCGUCGCUGUAAGAGUGACUGUGCUGAAUGUGAACGAGAAUGCACCUGCAUUUGAUCGUCCCAACUACGCCGGCUCUGUUGGUGAGAACAUACCCUCAGGGACAACAGUGGCCACAGUCAACGCUACAGUACAGGAUGGCGCCAAUAUAGAAUACCGUAUUAUUUCUGGGAACCCUAACUCUCAGUUCGGAAUCACAGCCUCAGGGGAAAUAACUACUCUACAAGCUCUGGACAGGGAGGAUCAAGAUCGCUACAUCCUCACCAUCGAGGCAUUUAUCACGGGCAACCCGCCACGGUUCUCCUACACUCAGGUUGAUGUAACAGUUACCGAUAGCAACGACCAGACCCCUAUGUUCCAAGGCCCCCUCUCAUUCACCCUGUCAGAGCAAAGUGUCAUGGGCACGCUAGUGGGGACCCUGGCUGCCUCUGAUGGUGAUAUUGGGACCAACGCUGUCUUCUCCUUCUCUGCAUCUGCAAGUGCACCAUUCACUGUGCAAGCUAACGGUAACAUCAUGGUUGCUGAUGCCACUGCUAUCGAUUUUGAGACCACACCCUCUUUCACAAUUGUUGUCAUGGUAGCAGAUCGUGGCGGCCGGAGUAGCACGGCCAGUGUCACCAUCACACUGACCGACGCUAACGACAAUAUACCAAUGUUUGGCAUGAACAGCUAUGCAACCACCGUUCUGGAGAACUCUGCAGCUGGUGUGUCUGUUGUCACGGUAACGGCUACAGACGCUGACGGAGACACGCCUAUCUUCAGCAUUCUAUCAGGAGACCCAGACUCUCGCUUCAGUGUGAACUCCGUGUCAGGAUUAAUUGAGACUACGAACAACACAAUUGAUCGCGAGGGAGCCAAUCAGCAAGUGUUCACACUACAAGUACAAGCUAACGACCAACGGGGUUUAACUUCUGUGGUUACCGUGAUGAUCACCGUGAUUGACGUCAAUGACAACGCCCCUGUAUGCGGCCAAUCACCUUUGACUAUUCCGAACGUUGUCGAGGACAACAGUAACUCAAUUCGUCUUGGUGUGCUCACGGCUAGUGAUAUUGACUUAGGAGUCAACGCCGUCGUCAGGUUUAGUGUCAUCAGUGGAGACUUUGAGCAGCUGUUCUCGAUCAAUAGUGCCGGAGAGUUAUUUGCCGCCCCCGGACUUGACUUUGAGACCACACCCACUUAUUCUCUGGGUAUUGCCGCUAUCGAUCAAAGCGUUGAUCCUCGAGACAGGCAGACUACGAUAUGCACUGUGGAUAUUGAGCUAGUGGAUGCCAACGACAAUGCUCCUGUUUUCGCUAAUACUCUGUACGAGGCGACUAUUAUUGAGAAUGCUACCAUGGGAACAGUAGUUACCGUGGUUUCAGCCGAGGACAUGGAUUCUAAUCAAAAUGCAGUGGUCUUCUAUGGCUUUCAGAGCCCCAUCAGAGAGUUUAGUGUGGAUGCGACGAGUGGAGUAGUGACAGUGUCCGGGACACUAGACGCUGAGACACAACCACUCUACAACCUUGUUCUGGAGGCGAGGGAUCGUGGUAACCCCACUAGGAUAGGACAGACUACUCUCGUCGUAAGGAUACUCAAUAUUGAUGACAAUGCUCCUCGCUUUGACAGCUCAUUCUUCACCAUCAUGGUCCGAGAAGAUCAACAGAUGAACAGCGACGUGGUCUCACUCACUGCCAACGAUCGCGAUGAUAGCUCCACCCUCACUUACUCAAUAGAGUCUGGCAAUGAGGGACUUUACUUCAGAAUCAACCCCAUCACAGGUCUCAUUCAAACAGCACGCAGCUUGGAUAGGGAGACAGUGUCUGUGUUUAGCCUCGAGAUUGCCGCUAGAGACAGUGACGAGAAUAUCGGAACAACGACACUUCAAAUACGUUUGAUUGAUGUGAAUGAUGAAGCUCCAUUAUUCCUACAGAGCUCUUACUAUGCUCGUGUGGCUGAGAAUAGCCCGCCUGGGACCCAAGUGAUCCCAAUACUGAACGGCUCUACGAUCAGGAUAGAGGCCUUUGAUGCAGACCAGCCCAAUACACAGAACUCCCGGGUCCUCUAUAGCCUCAGGGGAGUCAGUGCUCCCCUCUUUAACAUUGACUUCAACACUGGCAUAGUCACCGUGGCUCCAGGGGCCACUCUUGAUGCCGAGGUUCAGGGCAUGCUUGCCGUUACCGUGGUAGCCAGUGACUCUGUCAUUGCACCCAAUACUCGCUCAAGCACGGUGGAGCUGCUGGUGGAAGUGUUGGACUUGAACGACGAGAAUCCAAUGUUCACUCAACCAUUUGGUUAUGCCAUUCCCAUCUCCGAGGGUAGCGCUGUGCCGUCAGUCAUCACAACUGGGGUGAAGGCCAAUGAUCCUGAUGGUGGUGUUGGGGGCAUGGUCCGUUAUUCCAUCACCGGGGCCAUACCACUGGUUGCCAUGCAAUGGUUCACUGUUGACAUAGUAACGGGUGACAUCACUCUCGUACAAUCACUGGACAGAGAAUCUAAUGAUAUACUGACACUCGUUGUCACGGCAACUGACCUCGGACAACCUGCUCUCAUGUCGCAAGUCACUGUUCAACUAACCAUCUCCGACGUUAAUGACAACGCCCCUCGCUUCACACAAGGUGUAUAUGCGACAGAAGUGCCAGAGUUCCUACCAAUGGGCGGGAGUGCCCUGAGGGUGUUCGCUAAUGAUCCAGACGUGGGUAGUAAUGGCGAGGUGGUGUAUCUAGUGAGCACUAACGAUCGCUUCACUGUUAACCCUGACUCUGGAGUGAUCACUACCACUGGACCACUGGACCAUGAAGAUCAGGAUAGGUUCACGUUCACUGUGUGGGCUCGAGACAACGGGUCUCCUAUGAUGAACAACAGUGCACAAGUUAUCAUCAUCGUACAAGACUUUAAUGAUGAGCCUCCGACCUUUGACCUCCCCUUGUACGCUGUGGAUGUGUGCCAGACUGGGAUGAGUGGAACCUCCCUCGUUAAGCCCGUUGCCGUGGAUAGAGACUCUGGAGUUAACGCUGAGCUCAGCUAUAAUCUACAGGGUGAUGUAUGGGGCUUGUUCACAAUCGACAACCACGGUUUAAUAACACUGAUGAGAGAUGUCAAUGACCAGGACCUAGGACGGACAUAUACCGUGACCCUCACAGCCACGGAUAGCGGCACGCCUUCUCUCUCCGAUAGCACUCAGGUUCAACUACGAGUGAUCAACUGUACCAUGACACAGUUUUAUUUCCAACAACCAUAUAACUAUUUGGAGAUCAACGAAGGUAGUAGCAUUUUUGUUGGAGCAUCGGCAAAUCCUCAGAUAUUUCUUGGAGAAGGAACCCCCACAAGUCCAGCAGCUAUAAUCUCUCCGAACUUCGCUAAUAACCCCUUCGGUUUGCUUCCAUCUUCCGAAGUACGACUAACUCUGGUGAACCCGGUCAAUGAGUUGGAUCGUGAGGAACGAGCUUAUUACACCUUGAUAUUGAAAGCUACACAGAUCUCCAACCCUAACCUCGUCUCCUACGCCAGUGUGACUAUACGUGUAUUGGACAUCAAUGACAACACUCCGUUGUUUGUGGCUGAUCAAUAUUCAUUUAACGUGUUCGAGAAUACUACCUCCCCCGUUACCGUGGGAACAGUCACAGCCAACGACAUUGACGAUGGUGUCAAUAGUGCUAUAGUGUACUCCAUUAUCGAACCCGGUCUACCCUUUGAUAUUGAGGGUUCGUCCGGGGUCAUUAACACAACGACCGAGCUCGACAGAGAGGGUGUGGACUCGUACAGCUUCACCGUGAUGGCGACAGAUGGAGGGACUCCUAGACGCACUGGAAUCACUGCGGUUGAGGUCAAUGUGAUUGACAUCAACGACUGUGACCCCACCUUCACACAAGCCGUGUACGCUGUCAACGUCUCCGAGAACAUUCCCAUGGAAACCAGCAUUGCCAUGGUAAAAGCCUCGGACUGUGACAUUGGAGAAAAUGGUCGUCUACGCUACAGAAUAAUCAGAGGCGAUAAUACUGUAUUCUCAUUGGACGCUGAGUCUGGUGUCAUUCGAACUUCGAGCUUAUUGGACUUUGAGAGCGUCCAAAUUUACUCUCUGGUUGUCAGGGCAACGGAUAAUGGGAGACCUAUCCGAAGUGGCCAAGCUGUUGUGAACAUCGUGGUGCAGGACUUCAACGAUUGCCCCCCAGAGUUCAUCAACCUGCCGUCCUCCGUCAGUAUUGACGAGGGAGAGGCAAUGGGGAGCGUACUGGUGACCUUCCAAGUGAGCGACUGUGACAGUGGUGACAACGGGGUUAACGGAACACGCUUCACCAUCAUCGCAGGAAACGAUGACAACAGUUUCAGUCUGAACGCUAUGAGUGGUGUUUUGGUAACCACGGUUACACUCGACAGAGAAACUAGAGCAAACUAUCUCCUCUCAGUGCAGGCACAGGACUCGGCCGGUACCAACUCUCUCUCGUCCGUAACCCAGCUCUCUGUAACCGUUAACGACGAAAAUGACAACAUGCCCUUGUUCAGUGCUGACCUAAUUCGCCGCACGCUGAGUGAGAACGAACAGAUUGGUCCAGUCUUCACAUUCACUGCUACUGACUCUGAUCAGGGAGAUAACAGCGUCGUGGUCUAUUCACUCAUGGACGGGUUUGGUGUGUUUAGUAUUGAUGAGAGUAGUGGAGCCAUCUCCUUGGUAACCACGCUCGACAGGGAGACCACGUCUGUUUACAACUUGACGGUGAUAGCUAAUGAUCGUGGUAGCCCCGCCUCCCUUUCAAGCAAUCUUUUUAUAGAGGUCGAAGUACGUGAUGUCAAUGACAAUGCCCCCACCAUUCACAACAUUACGAGCGGUGUUACCACGACAACUGUCCCUGAGGGUACCGUGGUGGGCACUCAAGUGUUUGUGGUCCAAGCCACUGAUCCUGACCAGGGUCAGAACGGUGAUGUCAUCUACUCUCUUCAAGAUACCUCACCAAAUAGACCCUUUGAAAUCAGCUCUGCCGGUGGUGUCAUCUCUGUAUCUGGUGAUCUCGACUAUGAGUCACAGAACGUGUACACGUUGGUUGUCAUAGCAACUGACAACGGCUCCCCCCAACGCCUCUCGUCAGUGGCCACGCUCACUAUCAACAUACAGGACAACAACGACAACAUUCCAGAGUUCACUCUGGUAAUGUACGAGGGUUCACAGGAAGAGGGCGUGCCUGUCGGGUCGCCCAUAGUAACGGUCGUGGCGACCGAUGCCGAUCAGACUGGUACUGCCAAUGCAGAAGUUCUUUUCUCUUUAAUUGGAGGAGCAGUAGAUUAUUUCACGAUCACUCCAGGCUCCACCCCUAACACUGGCGUCAUCUCAAACAACAUUGUCCUGGAUCGUGAGAACCAAUCUCUGUUCACUCUGACAGUACUAGCCAACAACAGUCUGAGUCACACCCCCCUCUCGACCACUGUUAUCGUGGUGAUAUCGGUGACAGAUCGUAACGACGAGACGCCCAUAUUUGACGAACCACGAUAUACGGCUUCACUCAGUGAGCUCACCUCCUCUGGUUCUUCGAUCAACGUCACUGUGUCAGCCACAGAUAAUGAUGCCCCUGGCACUCCCAACUCUGCGUUGGUGUACAGCCUAGCCCGCCAGACUAACAACCCCUUUGCAGUUGACCCUAACAGUGGAGACGUCAUUCUACAAAACUCCCUCGACUUUGAAACCACCACCAGCUACGAUUUGGUGUUGGUAGUGGAGGACAAGGGAUCUCCUACCCAGAACUCAGAAGCACAACUCGUCAUUACUAUUGUGGAUGAGAACGAUGCCACGCCCUCUUUCACAGCACCAUCGUACUCUGCCACUGUCAGCGAGGGAGAAACCGUAUUCCCCCAUCGUGUACUCGACUUGGUUUACGAUGAUGACGACACUCUCUCUCAGUUUAGACAAUCUACCAUCUCAAUAGUCUCCGUACAACCGGACAUACCCGGAUUGUUCAUCGUCAAUACUGACCCAACCAGUUUGACAGGUUCUCUCUCCAUCACAAGAGCUGUUGAUUUUGAGCAAGAGCAAAGCUUCACCGUCACACUUGCCGUCCAGAACAACGUUAUGGGGCGUGGCCCACUCUGUCAAGGAGCGGUACAGUGCACCUUCAUUCAGACUGUUGUUGCAGAGAUCACUAUCGGAGAUGAAAAUGAUAACCUACCAAUGUUUGCAGAGUCUCUAUAUUCAGGAGAGGUGAGCAGUACUGCGGCCACGGGAACGUCUGUGCUCACUGUGCUGGCACAAGACAACGAUAUCGGUCCAUCCACUGGAAAUGUUGUGUAUUUCCUGGAUUCCUCCGCCACCCUACCCUUCCGUAUCCAAGAGCUCACGGGGACAGUGCUCACACGAGGGCUCCUCACGGACAUACCAUCGGGGUCAGAGUUCACUCUCAUGGUGACAGCUUUUGACAACAAUCGAGUGGUUCCCUUCAACUCUGCUCAGACAACCGUCAAGGUGAUCGUAUUGGACGACUUCGACAGAAUCGCGUUCGAUUUUGAUUCCCAAGUCGGAUGUGUUAUAUCAAAUGAACGCAUGUUUGCUGAGUUGUUGGCUGAAAUCACAGGCUACUCCAUUGUGAUUGAGAGCUACCUCGAGUACGCCACAGAUGAUAACAGCUUGUUCAUUAUCCAUGCUCUGGAUGAGAACAAAGUCAUUGUCGACUUUGCUCAGUUUACUGACAGGAUUCGAAGUCGAGAAGCUGAGAUAUUUCAGAGGUUUGGAGUGUGCAACCUCACGCGAAUUAUUUCAUUUGCUGAAGCUGAGGAACCCUAUGAGUAUCCUCCUCUGGUGGACACACAGACUAUAGUCAUCCUAGUCCUCUGUCUACUCCUCAUCGUAGGAUCAGCUGUGCUUCUGGUCAUGUCUCUCACUCAGAGAUACAUAGCCCUGAACGAUGCCCGACACAAGCUCCUAGCUGACGUGUUCUAUGGCGGAUCCCCUGGAUCUGGGUCGGUGGUAGACAACGUGAAUGCAGAGAACUAUCAGUUGGAGGAACUAGAAGGGAAAUCUGUAAACCGUCAGAACCCGAUGUUUGUUCAACCCUAUGAUGACUGGGCGGGUGUGGACACCAGCGUGGUGGAGUCUGUGGAUGGGGCGUCUACACUGAAUAAAGAUAAUCCGCUCUACGAGAGUCAGGAAAUAAGAAUGGAGAUGUUUGCAGACAUACAGUCGGACGACGACGAUGCUGACGAUGCAGAGUUGUUGGCCCAAGCCAUCGCCGAGGAUGAAAGCGAUGAUGAUGAUAAUGCAGUGACUGCAAUUUAGCCUAGCAGCUAGUAGCUAUACCCUCAGAAACUCAUGCAGCUUAGCCUUUGUAGAGAUUAGACACUCUUUUUUUAAACUUUAAUUUGUACAUGUAGCAUGUACGAUAUAAUUUAUAGUGUAGUACGUUUUACACAUGAUACACACAUGAUGUGAUUAGCAUUGAGA